AUGGCGGCGCUGGUUGCGGCAGAGGCCACAGAGUCCGGCAGCCGAAACGGCCCGGGCAGAGGUCGAGCCCCUCGGGGCCGCUUGGCCAAUCAGAUACCCCCUGAGAUCCUGAACAGUCCCCAGCUACAGGCAGCCGUUCAAGUCCUGCCUUCCAACUAUAACUUUGAGAUUCCCAAGACCAUCUGGAGGAUCCAACAGGCCCAGGCCAAGAAGGUGGCCUUACAAAUGCCUGAAGGCCUCCUCCUCUUCGCCUGUACCAUUGUGGAUAUCUUGGAAAGGUUCACGGAGGCCGAAGUGAUGGUGAUGGGUGAUGUGACCUACGGGGCUUGCUGUGUGGAUGACUUUACCGCAAGGGCCCUGGGAGCUGACUUCCUGGUGCACUAUGGCCACAGCUGCCUGGUUCCCAUGGACACCUCGGCCCAAGACUUCCAGGUGCUGUAUGUCUUUGUGGACAUCCGGAUAGACACUACCCACCUACUGGACUCUAUCCGCCUCACCUUUCCCCCAGCCAGUGCCCUUGCGCUGGUCAGCACCAUUCAGUUUGUGUCAACUUUGCAGGCAGCUGCCCAAGAGCUGAAAGCUGAGUAUCGUGUGAGUGUCCCACAGUGCAAGCCCCUGUCCCCUGGGGAGAUCCUGGGCUGCACGUCCCCCCGUCUACCCAAGGAGGUGGAGGCUGUUGUAUAUCUUGGAGAUGGCCGCUUCCAUCUGGAGUCUGUCAUGGUUGCCAACCCCAAUGUCCCCGCUUAUCGAUACGACCCGUACAGCAAAGUCCUGUCCAGAGAGCAGUAUGACUGCCAGCGCAUGCAGGCCAACCGCCAAGAAGCCAUAGCCACUGCCCGCUCAGCUAAAUCCUGGGGUCUCAUCCUGGGCACUUUGGGCCGCCAGGGCAGUCCCAAGAUUCUGGAGCACCUGGAAUCUCGGCUCCGAGCCUUGGGACUUCCCUUCGUGAGGCUGCUGCUCUCUGAGAUCUUCCCCAGCAAGCUUAGCCUUCUUCCUGAGGUGGAUGUGUGGGUGCAGGUGGCAUGUCCACGCCUCUCCAUUGAUUGGGGCACAGCCUUCCCCAAGCCGCUGCUCACACCCUAUGAGGCGGCAGUGGCCCUGAGAGACAUUUCCUGGCAGCAGCCCUACCCUAUGGACUUCUACGCUGGCAGCUCCUUGGGGCCGUGGACGGUGAACCACGGGCGGGAUCGGCUGCUCCAGCACCCGGGCCGGCCGGCGCUGGCGAAGGUUCAGGAGAGGCCCGCGCGCCCCUUUCCAGCGGUGGCUUGCGAGGCUUGCAGCUGCAGAGACGACGAGGUCGCGCCGCUCGCUCCCUGA